AUGUGUAUUUAUCGACAACAAAACCUCAGUUCAUUAGUUGUGUACAUAUUGAUUCAGAGCGAGUCGAGCGACAACCGCGAAUCAUUCGUCCCGAAAAAUUGGACGCAAGUCGAAUUAAUCGUUCACCAGCUUGUUAUGGAGGGCCGAAGCAGUAGGAGACUGUCGCAGUUGGCCGACAAGGAGACGAAGAAUGGCGGUAGGCCCGAGCGACGGGAGAAAGCGGACAUCUCGAAGUAUGAUAUUCCGCUCAAAAUCAAGAAACGGGUCGAACAGGAGUAUAAGAAGAUCCUGACAGCUCAUAAAGAAAUGAGGACUCAGCAAAUCAUUGAAAAAUACUCCGACAACUGCAGAUAUAUUCAGAGUACACUAGACGCAACGAGGACUGUGAAGAAGUAUACACGACGACCCAUAUCGUCGUUCCCCGAAAUGCCAUCUCAAGGCAAACUCGGCAAAACGGUUUCGAUAGAAAUUCAGAACGAACCCAAGAAAACGGUGCCUUGUAGGCUCAUGAAUGCGGUGCAGUCGAUUCCUAACAUGUACAUCUGGGCACCGACCCAACAGAAUUUCCUUGUUGAAGACGAAACCGUUCUGCACAAUAUUCCCUACAUGGGCGAUGAUCAGGACGACACGUUCAUAAAAGAACUGAUAAGCAACUACGAUGGCAGAAUUCACGGCGACAAUGACUGUAAAAACUCUGUGAACGAUGAAAGGCUCAUCGAGCUGGUCCACGCCCUGAUGAACUAUGAAGAUGUGGGAACUAUGUAUACACCAAAAGAGCUAGAAGAUAAUUCGUCGGAUCCACCCGAAUACCUGUUUGCGUGCGUUCUGUCGAUGUGUCCGUCUCUGGCUGCUUCGCCCCAUGAUCUCCUGGAGAAGUACCGCCAGCUGACCGGCAAGGGCCCGAAAGUACCGGUCGGACAGUGCACUCCGAGUAUUGACGGUUGCGGCGCGCUCUCGGUACCACGAGACCAGAGCAUGCACUCCUUCAAAGCUUUAUUUUGCCGGAGGUGCUACAAAUACGAUUGUUUCUUGCACUGUGAGUUCCUUCGGUCGCUACCCUCGUAUCCGCAACCCAAGAGAAGGUAUUACGACAUGAAAGUGGAUGUUGAAGCUUGCGGCGACAAAUGCUUCCUGCACCUGACCGGUGUACGAGAAGAGAGAGCGAGGGAAGAAAUCGAAGGUGCUCAGAAGGGCAUGGAGGAGAAGGGACAUGAUAGCGGUAAUGAAGGAAGUGAAGACAGCAGUGAUUGCGGCGUUCAACGUCAGAAAAUCACUGUCAACUCGUUAGCAACAGAUUCGGAACGCACUAGUCUGUCGUAUCCUCACAGUCAGCUCACUGCCAAGGAGCUAGAAGAAAGCUGGAGUCCUGCCGAAAUGUCGAUGUUUCGAGUUUUAUCGAAACCGUUUUACAAGAAUUAUUGCGCCAUGUCAGCAAUACUUGUCUCAAAAACUUGCGCUCAGGUUUACACGUUCGCCCUGAUAGAGCAGUCCGAAGAGCAUGCGCCCCCAGAGGACGAUGACAGCAGACGUCAGAAGAAAAAGAAGAAGCAGAAGUUGUGGUCGACGCAUUCCCGAAAGUUCCAAGUGAAAAAUGGAGGAUCCAACCUCGCCUGCCAAUACAUUCCCUGCAAGCAUCCAGGACAGCUCUGCGAUCAGAACUGUCAGUGUGUUCAAGUGGGCAACUUCUGCGAGAAAUUCUGUCAUUGCGCUCCCGAUUGCAUUCAUCGGUUCCCGGGUUGUCGCUGCAAAGCACAGUGUAACACAAAGCAAUGCCCUUGUUAUCUCGCUGUUCGAGAGUGCGACCCGGAUUUGUGCCAAGCCUGCGGCGCGGAUCAGCUGGCUGUAGCCAAUAUAACCUGCAAGAACGUUUGCCUCCAGCGAGGGUUGCGAAAACAUCUGCUGAUGGCUCCGAGCGAUAUCGCUGGCUGGGGAAUCUACCUGAAGGAUGCCGCGGCUAAAAAUGAAUUCAUAUCCGAGUACUGCGGAGAGAUUAUCUCCCAGGACGAAGCCGAUAGGCGAGGGAAAGUAUACGACAAGUACAUGUGCUCUUUUCUGUUCAACUUGAACAGCGAGUACGUAGUUGACGCGACGCGCAAAGGCAACAAAAUCCGGUUUGCCAAUCACUCGAUCCAGCCCAACUGCUACGCGAAAGUUCUCAUGGUUAACGGAGAUCACCGCAUAGGCAUUUUCGCGAAUCGGAACAUACUUCCUGGAGAGGAGUUGUUUUUCGACUAUAGAUACGGACCAACCGAACAACUGAAGUUCGUUAACAUCGAGAGGGACAUAGAAUUUAGGAUGUGACCGAUGCGGAACCCAGGGUCCCAUACGACGAUCUGAAGUGACUCACCUGAUUCGGUCACGCAUCACUGCCAUUUUGACUGAACGAAUCUGUUCUCUUUCAUCUGCACGCAAGAAGCCCCAGCGGAAGGAGAGAAUUAUCUCAAUUGCGGUGUACAUACGAAAAGACGGAUGAUAUCCCAAUAGCGCGAAUUUAAUAAUUUUUGCGCUCCAUAUCCUCGA